AUGCGUGUUCUCGGAAUAAUAUUGUUAUUCUUAUUCACGUCAUUUAAAACUAUAAAUAACGAAGAAUUUUUAAAAAGUACUUUAACAACUGCUUCAGUUCGUCCAAGUACAUCUCAGAAGCCUACAACAUUGUAUAGAAGAAUUAAUGUGCAAGAUGGAAUUUGGAGUGCUUCCUUAGAUUUCAAUAGAUUUAUGGAUGCUAGACGAAAAAAGAGCAACAAUAACAAAAAUUCAUUCUUAAGCAAUUUGGAUACUUGGUGUCAAUUUCAACCAAAAAUAGGAAACUGUGAAAAAUCUUUACAAAAAUUUUAUUACGAUUUACAAUUACAUCAUUGUGUGCCAUUCAACUAUAGCGGGUGUGGUGGCAACAGAAAUAAUUUUGAGACACUUGCAGAUUGCGAACAACUUUGUAAUGGUGUUUUCAGUUAUUCAGUUGAACAAGCAAGUUAUAAAACUAUUUGUAUGUUACAACCCCAAUCGGGGAUGUGUAUGGCGAUGAUACCAAAAUAUUACUAUGAUACCAAUGAGAAAACUUGUAAAAAGUUUAUAUAUGGUGGCUGUGGAGGAAACUUGAAUAAGUUCGAUACUUUUUCCUCGUGUCUAAAUGCGUGCGGGGAUUCUGAUUUC